UUGCUGCAUCAUGGUAAAAAAUACUUUUGUAAAUGACAAGAAAAGAGAUGCCAUCAUAUAACUCGUACAGGAAGCUGCAUGUGAAAACAACUGAAAAUAGUGCGUUAUGGAACUAAAAUUCCCAGUAUGCAGCAACGACACCUAUAAAAUAUGGACACAAGUCACCAGAAGUCUCAGUUUUAGACCACAUGAAACAGCACAGGGACAGGAACAGACAAAGAAGUGGAUGCAAAAUAUGACUUUUAGGAUCAAUGAAUUCACACUACUGGUUUCAUCUCUUGUUUUGCUUUUGCUGUUACAUUUUCCUCAUCACACACAAGAAUUGUCCUGCAGCACGACACAACACAUGAACUCUUCUCAAACAAAGUGGAUCAAAGUUAUGAUUCCAACCACUAUCGGACGUAACAGUAGCAUCUACAGUAUGGCUGAUGACAUUAAGACUCGAUCUCUUGCACCUUGGAGAUACAGGAUUGACAGUAAGCCUGGCAGAUAUCCACAAAACAUCAUUGAAGCUGUAUGCCACAGUCAGGGGUGCAUUGAGCCAAAUGGAAAAGAGAACCUGAAUCUGAACUCCAGCCCCCUCACGAUUGAAAUAAUUGUUCUUCAGCGUAACAAAACAGGCUGCAAGAACACUGUCAGGCUCGAGAAGAAGAAGGUGACAGUGGGCUGCACAUGCACCAGACCAUCUUUAGUAAUGCAAAGCACACCAUGACAGUUAUAUAUGCCUGCACACAGAUGUCAGCAAUGAAAGACAGAACAUGAGCAUUCAAUAAAAGGAAACACUAGUGGAAGAUUAAUUACCAAGCAAAUUCCUCACAGUAUAACUGUAUAUGCUUUCUUGUACUAAACUGCAAAAUGUAGCCUUAUUGUAUCACAUUAGAGACAGAAAGAUGAACAGGCAGUGAGCAUGCAAUGCUCAUCUUCAUAUUAGAGAUUUGAAUAAGUGGAUAGCUUGCUUUAGACAAUAACAUUCUCAGCAGUAUGUUUAAAUGAUCAUUAUCAUGUGUGCAUGCUUGGGAAUAAAUAGGAAUACAGGAAAUGGCUGGACGCAUUGUUACAGUCCCAAACAUCGGUUUUAUUUGGGGGCUCAGGACCUGUAUCUGUAAAAAGGAAUGUCUGGCUGCUUGUCCUUUAAAUUAAAUGACUUUGCAUUCUGAUAGUGCUUGUUAGACACAUCCAGCUCUGCAGGGUAUGUAAAACAAAAUUAUAAAGAGAAUGAAUUAGGCAGAUAUGGUAGCUAUAGUGAAUUUGCCCCAAAUACUUUACCAAGACCUUAACAGAAUAAAUACACAUGGCAACAGGUUUUCAGAGCACGUUUGAUGUAUUUGCUGCUUGAGUACAAUGAUGGGCUCACCGGAAACAUGCACAUAUAGUUUAUGCUGCUUUAAAGUGAAUGCAUAACAAUUUCUUCCUACAUGCAUUUAGUCCCAGAAGAAACAUUUACCAAAAAAGAGAUAUCAAGACGUGUCAGUCUUGCAGUAAGCAGAAGGCUUUGUUUUGGUGCAACUACAUACAUAUAUCGCAGAUUCUACAUAUCUGUAAGAGAAGGACCAAUUGUUCAUUGAAAUGUUCUGGUAUAGUAAGUUUUAUGGCUUUUUACUUAAAAUGUUCAGAAUAACACCCUCUUCUAUCCACAUUUAUUUUCUUUGGGAGUUUCCUAAGGAGGGCAUGAUUAUCUGUGUUACAUGCAGGACAGUAUGUUUGCAGUUCUUGGGACUCUGAUUUUCCAGGCUAUACAUCUGAUGGCUCAGACUGCCACUGUAUAACUGGUAUUUCCUGGUUGGACCCUGAGCUUGGACCACUUUAGGAUUUUGAGUUCAGACUAUCCUUCUGAGUCAGUUUAAAUGAGAUUAUACUUGAUUUUCAGAUAAUGUAUGAAGCAUCCAUUCAUUUUUGUUCAGGUUCAGGGUUAUUGAAUAUACUGGUCUAUACUGCUGGUCAUCAAAGUUCAUGUGACUAAAUGUCUGCACGUGUGUGUGUGUGUGUGUGUGUGUGUGUGUGUGUGUGUGUGUGUGUGUGUGUGAGAGAGACAGAGCAUGUGUCAGUGGAUUAUGGAAGGUCAAUGUGCAGAAACAUGGAUACACAUUACUCCGCUGUGCCACCUUACUCAUGUGACAACCCUAACCCUAACUCUACCUGUACUCCUAAUCCAAACCCUAUACAUUGCAAUGCUAUAAUCCCCUUUCCCUAACAAUAUGACUUAAGACAUACAGACACAAUUCAUACAGUACGUCCGCACACUCACAACACAAAAUCAAUCCCCUUCCCGGGUUCAUAUUAUGUUAUCGAAAGAUAAUGCAAUCGAAUGGCUGAAACAUCGAAACGGCCACAUUUCUAAACUUUUAUUGUGGGGGGCUGUGCCCCCCACACCCACCGCUAAAUAUAUAUUCCAGAUCCAGAUUCCGAGAUCGCACUACAGUGAGGAAAGGGCAAAUAUCCCAAUCUUUACUGUACUGCGAUACCACAAUUCAAACUUCGAAAUGCGGCCAUUUUGAUAUUUUCGCCGUUCGAUUACAUUAUCUUUUGAUAACAUAAUAGGAACCCCCCUUCCCUAGUCUUUACUCUUAUUCUAACCCACGAACACUCACACAUACACACACUCUGAUCCCUACCUACUGCUACUGCACUUACAUUUUCCAUUGAAAAGCAACAUUUGACAUUUCUUGUUUUGGCAACUCUUAAAUUGACUACCGACAUACUCAAUGCUUUUUGACAGCAAAAACAGCUCUCAACAUUCUGUACAUGUGAUUGAAUGCAUACAAACCAUACAUGUAUGUAUAUGUCACACUGGAGUCUGGGGGGGCAGCAGAAGAUGGAGCUCCCUGUGAAACAUUUUUGUGUCACAUUCUUAGAAGCUUCAGCAUACUGUUUGCUCAUCUAUAUCUUCAUCCUGACUGCAAUUUUAUAUGCUGUUCUGUGUUUCAAUUUGUGCUGCUAGUCAUACAAAUAGAAAGUUUAGAAACUCUUUUUUCAUGGCUUUCAUUUUAAAGUUUUGACAAGUUUCAUUACAUUGGACUUCAUUUUUAUGAUAGGAAUCCUUCUGCAAACACUGUGAAUGGUUUCUGUUUGAUAUAUGAAAGGCCCUUAUUAGUAUCGCCUAAACUUCAUUUGUCUUUUUUUAAAUAUAUUAUUUUUUGUUCUCACACCACAUGACUAUCAAACCUCCUCUUAAUCACCUUAUACAGUGCUAAAAAUUGGUUAGAAUUCCACUCCAAGCUUCAUGCACAUAGCAGCAAAACAUGCAACCUUAGUUUAAAGAUCUCAUAAAGGUGAUUUUUUUUAUAGUACUGCCACUCAUACUGGCAUUGGUUGGUGUUCACAGAGUUUUCUCCAUUUUAUAAACUGCCUGAACCAUUGAAAAUGUAUAAGGACAUAGACAGGACUCUUUACAUGAAGUUUAAUAAACCAAGAAGUUUUUAUUCAGCAAUACAGUUUUAUAACCGGGCUUUUCAUUAUUAUAAAUUGGGAAAUGCACAUAAGCACAAUUUAAACAUAUUUUAAAGCUCUGACUUGAACCUGAUAGUAACAGUUAAGCAACAUUUUAGAACUUUUAGCAGAAGGCAGCUGUGAAAGAUGCUUGUCUAGUAAUAGAAGAAAUGGGCAUUGCAUGUGAUUCCAAGAAAUCUAGUAAGCUGGAAGCUUUAGUAGAAUACUUAUGAGAU